AUGGCUGGUAAUGCUGCGGCCUGUGCAGAGAGGGCAACAAGUGAUAUGUUGAUUGGUCCAGACUGGGCAAUAAACAUUGAAUUAUGCGAUAUUAUUAACAUGGAGCCUGGGCAAGCAAAAGAUGCCUUGAAGAUACUCAAAAAGCGCCUGGGCAGUAAAAAUCCGAAAAUACAACUUCUGGCUCUUUUUGCAUUGGAGACUGUGAGCAAGAAUUGUGGUGAGAAUGUUUUUCAGCAGAUCGUUGAGCGUGAUAUCUUGCAUGAAAUGGUCAAAAUAGUAAAGAAGAAGCCAGACUUGAAUGUUAGGGAAAAGAUACUAAUUUUGAUAGAUACAUGGCAAGAAGCUUUUGGAGGAGCAAGAGGAAGAUAUCCCCAAUACUAUGCGGCAUAUAAUGAAUUGAGGUCUGCGGGAGUUGAAUUUCCACCACGAGAAGAGAACAGUGUACCACUCUUUACUCCGCCUCAGACCCAGCCAGUAGUUUCCCCUGUUGCAGUAUAUGAUGAUGCUGCUAUUCAGGCUUCUCUUCAGUCUGAUGCUUCGGGACUUAGCUUGCCAGAGAUUCAAAAUGCUCGAGGAAUUGCAGAUGUGUUGAUGGAAAUGCUUAAUGCCUUGGAUCCUAAGAAUCCUGAGGGUCUGAAGGAAGAAGUGAUUGUUGACCUUGUUGAUCAGUGCCGUUCGUACCAAAAGCGCGUCAUGCUUCUUGUGAAUGAAACUGUCAAUGAGGAGCUUCUAUGUCAGGGAUUGGCUUUGAAUGAUAAUCUGCAGCGUGUACUUUCUCGGCAUGAUGAUAUUGUGAAAGGAACAGCAACUGGAGUAAGAGCACCAGAAUCUUCAGUUGUGCCACUUGUGAAUGUGAACCAUGAGGAUGAUGAGUCAGAGGAUGAAUUUUCCCAGCUAGCUCACAGGUCAUCAAGAGAUAAUUCACAGGGACCGGGCCAGAGAUCAGCCAAUGCCAGGACUGAACCUGUGCGACUAAGCCCACUUCUUCCUCCUCCUCCAUCUCCAAAAAGGCCAAUCCCUACAGGUGCUGGCAUGAUUGAUUAUCUCAGUGGUGAUAACUACAAAUCUGAAGGAUCCACUGCAACAUCAGAAUCCACAUCUUUUGCAGCUCCAGUUCAUUCCAGCUCAAAUUCCACCUCUCGAUUGACUCCACUAUCACCCUCACCCCCUUCUUCCCUAAACACGACUCCAUCCCCUAUAUUCUCUGGAAAGCCUGUAUAUGAUGAACCGGCUCCUAGAAGCAAAUCCAUUGAUGGGUUGCCUGCAGCUCCUUGGGAUGCUCAGUCCCCAGGCAAUCCUCAGUCUCCUGGAAAUGGCAACUCUCCUGUCAGCCUUCCACCUCCACCGUCCAGGUAUAAUCAGAGACAACAGUUUUUUGAGCAACAAGGCUUCCCAGGCAGUGGAUCCGGUUCUUCUUAUGACAGCUUAGUGGGACAGACUCAGAAUCUCUCUCUUAAUUCGUCUACCCCAACAAAACAAGUAAAACAGGAAGAUGCUCUAUUCAAAGAUCUCGUUGAUUUUGCAAAAGCCAAGUCAUCUUCGUCUUCAAACCCCAAUAGGUCAUUUUGA